UGCGUUGUGUAGCUCUUUGAACGUUUUUAUAUAGCUAUAAUUAAUUGCACGUGUUAAAAUGUCGAGCUGUGCCGUUUGUAACACUCUGAAUAAAGUUAUGAAACGAUGCACUCGUUGCAGGAACGCAUUUUACUGUUCAAGAUCUUGCCAGAUAAAACAUUGGCCGGAACAUAAGAAUUUGUGUCAAGUAUUUUCCUCUGAUUCGUGUAAUAAUGUGGAAAAAAGUUCAAACAAUGACAAACUUCAAUUAAAAACUGAAAGCUUGUUAACUACUUGUGUUGAAACUUGUGGCAGAACUAUAUCUGUCCACUGUAAUCAUGCAAAACAUAAACUUUUCAUUCCUUCUACUUUGCAAGCCAAGAAAAUUAUUGAAUUAAUAUCCAAGACAGUCCAUAUACUUCCCUCUAAGAUCAAGCUAAUAGCAAAGGGUAUUGUUGUAACAGAGCAAACUGUAGAAGAUGUCUUGUUUGUUAAGAAAAUCAAAGUAAUUAUGGCUGUUGGUGAAGUUUCUGAGAAUGAGGAUGGUUUGCAUGCAGGAGACAUUGAGAUGAUCAUGGAGCAACUUUCUGUGUCGAGGAAUGUGGCGGUUAAAGGACUUCGUUUUAGUAAUGGAAAUCUUGUUGAUGCUAUUUUACACAUUGGAAACAAUCUUUAACUGCAUUGCUGGAAUAAUGUAUAUUAACGAUGCUGUAGUGUUUGUUUUUAUAUUUGUUGUUACUAAAUUUAAACUUUGUUAAUCAUUAUUUCUUUCGUUCAUUGCAACCUCUGUAUUUGUUGUCCCACUGUAAUCAUUCAUUCACAUGCACAACUCACUGUUAUUACUUAUUUAUAGAUAUUAGUGUGUAUUUGCUUCUAUGCAUGCCAACAGCAUGUUGAAUGUGUUUACUCACUUAAAACCAGGUACUUGCUUCUGUGCCACCUGAUUAAUGCAACUUCUAUUUAUUUGUGGGUGUGCCUUGUCAAGUACUUUAAACUGUCAAAUGUUCCAACCAUGGGUUAAUGUUUAACUCUUGUGUGUUUAACUUUCAUACCGGUACAUCUCUGAUAAAAAUAGAACAAAACAGACCUUUGAACAGAAGGUCGGGAUAUCUUUGCUUGUGUAGUAGUUGAGUAUUUUAAAACAAAAGAGGUUUAAGUACUUUUCUUAUCUUGUAUUUUUUUAUAGAUUUAAAUGCCCGUCGUU